CGACAGUUAAGUAGGUUUUAAGGCAACAUGGCGCUGUCCACACAUGAGACAGGUGAGAUAACAACAGGUGAGCUGUCCCCGUGUGUCCCGGGACAGACCGGGACAGAUCCGACCCGGGAGGAGGGGGACGGACCCGGCGGGGAGAGGACUCUGGUGUCCGGCUUCAAGCAGAUGAAGCUGGAGAAAGAAGCUCAGAAGAACUGGGACUUGUUCUACAAGAGAAACACCACGAAUUUCUUCAAGGACAGACACUGGACCUGCAGGGAGUUCGAGGAGCUCCGAGCCUGCAGAGAGUUUGAGUCUCAGAGGCUGGUUUUGCUGGAGGCCGGCUGCGGCGUGGGGAACUGCCUCUUCCCUCUGCUGGAGGACGACCUCAACAUCUUUGUGUACGCCUGUGACUUCUCUCCACGAGCUGUGGAGUUUGUCAAACAAAACCCUCUGUUCUGCCCUGAGCGCUGCUCAGCCUUCCAGUGCGAUCUGACCAAAGACGACCUGAAGACAAACGUGCCGGAGGGAAGCGUGGACGUGGUCACCCUCAUCUUCGUUCUGUCGGCCGUCCAUCCCGACAAGAUGAAGCUGGCUCUGCAGAACAUCAGCAGGGUGCUGAAGCCUGGAGGCGUGGUCCUGUUUAGAGACUACGGGCUCCACGACCACGCCAUGCUGCGAUUCAAAGCCGGCAGCAAACUGGGCGAGAACUUCUACGUACGGCAGGACGGCACCAGGUCCUACUUCUUCUCCAAAGAGUUUCUGGCUGAGCUCUUUGCGGACGCCGGCUUCCUGUCGGUUGCCAACGACUACGUCCUGAGAGAGACGGUCAACAAGAAGGAGGGGCUUUGUGUUCCCAGGGUGUUCCUGCAGAGCAAGUUCACCAAGCCUGACCAAUCAGACGGCUCCUGACGUCACAUGGUCGUCACUUGUCUCCUCAUGAAUCUCCAGAAACGAUCACAAGACUGAUGAGACCAGUUGAAACUUAUCAGUGAAGAAGAUUUUCACCAUGUUGGAUCUCUUGUGAGACUGUGAGGUGUGUGUGGGGGGG